AUGAUACUGGCAGACACCCAUUUGCUGGGCAUUUACAAAGGACAUUGGUUGGACAAACUCAGACGGUAGGCUUUACUUUAAUGUGCCAAAUUUGGCUUAGAGAGUGGCAAAUGUAUCGAUCAUUCCAAAGUGCCGUAAACACGUUUAAACCGGAUGUUGUCUUCAUAUUAGGUAAGAGUAAUAUGAUCAAGUCCCACGUAAGUCCAUUAUUUUAGGAGACUUGUUUGACGAAGGCCAGUGGGGUACUGAUGGUACGUUCGACACAUACGUGGAGCGGUUUAAUGCUCUCUUCUACGUUCCUGAAUUUACAAAAUUGGUCACCGUGCCCGGAAAUCAUGACAUUGGCUUUCAUUAUGCGUAAGUCAUCCGUUUUUUUAUUACUUUUCAUGUUCAGUGUGAGGCCCGGAAACGUCAAGCGAUAUGUCAAGGCGUUUGGCAAUGAUAAAGGAAUAGAACACUUGGAAAUUGGUGGAAAUCAUUUCGUUCUCAUCAAUUCUGUGGCCAUGGAAGGAGAUGGAUGUGGGUUAUGUCAAACCGCUGUAGAAGAGUUGAACAAGAUCUCGGAGACUUUAGAAUGUUCUUUGCAUAAAAAUUCUAGUUGUCCAGCAAAAACCAUAACUCCCUACAGUAGACCCAUUAUAAUGCAACACUAUCCUUUGUACAGGUCAGUGGUAUCUGAGAGACCAAUGUCAAUUAUUUUAGAACAAGUGAUAAGGAGUGCUCAUCAGAUACGCCGGAUCUCGGAUCAGAAGAAAUAAUAUCAGAAAAGUUCCGUGAGAAAUGGGAAUGCCUCUCCUCGGAAUCAACUCAAUUAUUGCUCAACAAACUCCGUCCCCGAGCUUCCUUUUCAGGUCAUGUACAUUACGGAUGCAAGAAGUGGUGGGGAGCGCCGUACAAUCUCUGGGAAUACACCAUAUCGUCGUUUUCUUGGCGCAACAACCGCUCUCCCAGCUUCUUAUUGGCCAGUAUUUCCAGCGAUGCUCUGGAAGUGUCGCAUUGUUUCAUACCUCAUGAGCAUCUUAUUUAUAUCAUCUAUGUGAUCGCUCUUUUGUUCAUAGUGGUCUUUAUAAUUUGCUCAAAAAUAGUAAAAUUUAGACAAUUCAAAUCACCGAAAUAUAGAAAAUUAAAAUAAACAGGAAUAAAGAAAGAGAUCCGUGAUGUGCUUCCGUUUCCAGUGACCCGUUUACAAUUUAA